AUGAGGGUGAACAAGAAAUACUCCUGUCUGCCCGCUGAGGAGAAGGGGAUCCACAUUAUCAACAUCCGAGCUAUCGAGGAUAUAGGAUAUGACCAGCACGAGAGUACAUUAUUAAAUUCCCUAUCCAAAAAUCCAGACGCCGACUGCAAAUAUGGACUCUACUUCAGAGAUGGCAAGAGAAAAGUAGACUACAUCUUAGUUUAUCAUUACAAGAAGUCCUCGUCAGGGAAGACGCUCACCAGGAGAGUCCAUCACAAUGAUUCAAGUGGCCGAAGCACCAAGCAGGACCAGCCACUUCCCGGGAAGGGAGUGCAGCUGGAAAUGGGGGAGAGCGAACCUCACGUGGAUUACCACGAAGACGACAAGAGGUUUCGCCGAGAAGAGUACGAGGGGAACCUUGUGGAGGCCGGUCUGGAACUGGAACGCGAUGAGGAUACUAAAAUCCAUGGGAUUGGAUUUGUAAAAAUCCAUGCACCAUGGAACGUAUUGUGUCGAGAGGCAGAAUUUCUUAAACUCAAGAUGCCCACAAAAAAGAUGUAUCAGAUCAACCAGACCCAUGGUCUUCUGAAAAAGAUUAAUUCUGUAAUUCAGAAGAUAACAGAGCCCAUCCAGCCAAAAGUAGCGGAACACAAACCCCAGACCAUGAAGCGCCUCUCUUACCCCUUCUCCAGAGAGAAGCAGCACUUAUUUGAUUUGUCUGACAGAGAUUCCUUCUUUGACAGCAAAACGAGAAGCACUAUAGUUUAUGAAAUAUUGAAGAGAACGACAUGUACCAAAGCAAAAUAUAGCAUGGGGAAAGGAGAGGGAAGAAAGAAGGAAACUACCCUUUUAAAUAAAAGACGAAAAUGUGGUAAAUAUGGGAUCACCAGUCUGCUUGCCAAUGGAGUUUACAGUGCUGCAUAUCCUUUGCAUGAUGGUGACUAUGAAGGUGAAAACGUCGAACCUAAUGACAGAAAACUCCUGUGUGAGGAGUGGGCGAGCUACGGAGUCUUUUAUAAGUAUCAGCCCAUCGACCUAGUGAGAAAAUACUUUGGAGAGAAGAUUGGACUAUAUUUUGCCUGGCUGGGAGUUUAUACGCAAAUGCUUAUUCCAGCGUCAAUUGUAGGGAUUAUUGUUUUCCUAUAUGGCUGUGCAACUGUGGAUGAGAAUAUACCAAGUAUGGAAAUGUGUGACCAGAGAAACAAUAUCACGAUGUGUCCCUUAUGUGACAGAACGUGCAGCUACUGGAAGAUGAGCUCCGCUUGCGCAACUGCUCGCGCAAGUCAUCUGUUUGAUAACCCUGCAACGGUCUUCUUCUCAGUCUUCAUGGCUCUCUGGG